GGAAGAGGAACCGAGCUGGGCCUCGCCGCCUCCUGCUCUCGAGUUCCCGGCCGGGAGCGCGCGGCGGAGCCGAGGCGUCUGUGCGGCGGCGCCAUGGGGAAGCGGGACAACCGGGUGGACCCCUGCCUCAUUGAGUGCAUAGAUGGACCUGCUCUGGGAAUGAAUAGGGUUAUAUAGUGAAGGGGCCUGUUAUCUGUAGGACCCCUGCCUGGUUUGUUGUCGAAUCUGAAGAUGUACAGCUAUUGAGGCAGAUGAUUAGAGGAAGAGAAAGAAUGGCUUCAAUCCCUGCAUUUGCCACAAAGAUCAUAUGUGAUGCUAGGCAAGCCACUUAAACUGAACUUUUCACAGGCUUAUAUGAAUCCUAUAGCCAUGGCCAGAUCACGAGGUCCUUCCCAAUCUGCAGGGCCAACAAUACAGGAUUACCUGAAUAGACCAAGGCCUACAUGGGAAGAAGUGAAAGAACAACUAGAAAAGAAAAAGAAAGGAUCAAGGGCAUUGGCUGAGUUUGAAGAAAAGAUGAAUGAGAAUUGGAAGAAAGAACUAGAAAAACACAGGGAGAAAUUAUUAGGUGGAAAUGAGAGUUCCUCCAAAAAGAAAGAGAAAAAGAAAAAGGAAAAGAAGAAAUCAAAUAGGUUGUCUUCAUCUUCCUCUUCUUCAUCAAGCUCUGAUUCUUCCAGCAGUUCAUCUGAUUCUGAUGAUGAGGAUAAGAAACAAGGGAAAAAACGGAGAAAGAAGAGGUAUCGCUCCUUGCGGAAAUCUUCAGAAAGCUCUACUUCUGAUUCUGAAUCAGAUAGCAAGGACAGCACAAAAAAGAAAAAAUCAAAGGAAGAACAUGAAAGAGAAAAGGACAACAAAAGUCUUAGUAGGAAAAGGAAGAAAAUUGAUCGUGGGAAUGGACCUUUAUCAUCUGAGUCCUUAUCAGAGUCAGAUCCUACAGCAUGUACUGCUUAA